AUGAUAAGGUACAAUGGGGGAGGAGUAGCCAUGAUGAUGAUUGCAAGGGCAAAGGAAGCCUUGAUGGAAUGGAUGCCAAUUAACAAAAGGAUUAUUACAGCACGAUUCUACUCAAAGUAUGAAAAACUGACAGUGGUAAAAGCAUAUGCACCAACAAAUGACGCGAUGGAUAAGGAAAACAAUGAACUCUACAACCAGCUGCCGGACACUGCAUCAGACUGCAAUGGAAAUGAUAUUAUGGUGGUGAAAGGAGAUUUGAAUGCUCAGGUAGCCAAAAACAAUACCAAUAGAGAGGAGGUUGUGGGAAAAUUGGAACAAAUUUCACUCAAAAAGACAUCCAUAAGCUUACCUGGGGGUCACCAGAUGGGAGGACAGUAA